UUAUGUUUAUUAUUUUUUUCAUAUGUGUUUUACGUUUUUUUUCUUUCUUCUUAAAUUUUGUUUGUUUGUUUGUAUGUCAACAUCCCAUUCAUUUCAUUUCAUUUCCAUUCAUCGAACGUUCGGAAGGCCAUAUACGAAAAAUCCAAUUCAAUUUAAUUUUUGAUUAGACAACACAAACUCUACAACCAUGUCUUUUUUUAAUCAAACAUUGAAACGUAAUUCAAAACUUGAUUUAAGUAGACCUGAUCUACUUAAAUUAGUAUCAAUGCUUGAAGGUGAAUUACAGGCACGUGAAAUUGCAAUAGCUGUAUUAAAAUCCGAGCAAAUAAAACGGCUAUUGAAUCCAAUACGUUCGAUACAACCAAUCAGUGGUUUUCGUAUGACCAAACAAAUUGAUAAUUGUACACCGAAUAAUCAAACUGAAUUAAUGACUGCUGAACAAACAAUAAAAUACUCAUCCGAUCCAUUGAUUGCAUUAUCACGUGAUUCAUCAUUAGCCAUUUAUGAACCAUCAUCAUCAUUGGAUUAUACAAAAACAUUAACAUUAUAUAAUAUUAAAACAUUUCAAUUGGAAAAUCUAAUCAAUAAUCAACAUCGAUUAUAUAUAAAAACGAAUGAACAUUUGAAAUUUUUAGAAAAUCAAUAUGAAUUAAUGCUCAAUGAACUUGCAGUGGAACGAAGAAAAAAUGAUCAAUUUAAAAAUAAUAAUGAUUCCAAUUUUGAUCCAAAUUAUGAUCGUCUAAAACAAGAAAAGAAAAUCGAAGAAUUAAAUCAACAAUUAAAUGAAACAAAAGAUAAUAUGAAACAAAUAAUUCUAUCAUUAUUACAUGAACGUAAACAAUUAAUUUUAAAAUUGAUUGAUGAAAAACAUCAAAAUGAACAAUUGGAACAAGCACUUAAUAUUGAAAAAAGUAAAAUGAUCGAAAUGGUCGAAGGUCUUGAAGAUGAAAGUAAACGAUCAUUACAAAUGGAAGCUGAAUUGGAAAAAUAUUUAAAUGAUUUUGAAAAAGAACGACAAGAAUUUCAGCAACAAUUACAAGCAAGUGAACAAAAAAAUAUAUCAUUAACAACAGAAAAUGAACGUUUACGUAAUAUGAUUGAAUCUUUACAAGCUCAAUUGAUUGGUAAAGGAUCAAAAUCGAUUACCAAUAAUAAUAAUAAUAUUGAUCAAGAAAAAUGGAAUCUUGGUGAAGGUGUUCGUUCAUCGAUUGUAACAACAACACCAGUUGGUCCAAAAGUUCAAUCACUUUCUUCCGUUAAUCCAGUAUUUCAUCCAAAAGCUAGUGUUGCUCAACCAAUUCCAUUGAUAGCAGCUAAUAAUAAUAAAACAAUGGUUCCUAGUGGUGAUACCAUAACAACGAGGACAACAACUGUCGGAUCGUCGACCAAAAGUAUUCAACAUACACAACAAGAUACGAAUCUUAAUAAUAAUAAUACGAUAUUACCACCGCCAUCGAUACCUGUGCCACAACCUAAACAACAUCAAUCAUCAAAUCAUCAUUGUAAAUCAUUGGCAUCAAUAGCAGCUGAAAAUAUAAAUAGUAAUCUUAAUGAUAAUGAUAAUAAUGAUGAUAAUCAUAAGAAAUUAUCUUCCAAAUCGGUUUCAUUGGAUACAUCUGUCAAACAAACAGUAAUGUUUUAUGAAAAUUCAGCCAAAACAACAACAAUAACAACAUCAGUAACAACAACAGCGACAACAACAAUGACAACAUCAUCAUCAUUAUCAUCGAUAUCGACAACCGGAACAAUGGUAAAAAAACCAUUGACCGGUCCAAGACCAACACCACCACCGAUACCGCCAAAUAAACCUUCAAUCAAGCCAGUUCUUCCUCAUCAAGCUAUCUUAUCAUUCAAUAAAACAAAUAAUAAUAAUAAUAAUAAAGAUUCGAAUGCAAUAACAAAUAAUAAUAACAUUAAUAAGAAUAUUAAUUCACAAACAUCAAACAAAACAAAUAAUAAGACUAAAAAUGCAUCACCAUCACAAAAACAAGGAUCAGGUGCAUCAUCUAUUUUGAAAAAAUUUAGUUUCGAUGGAAAAAGUUGAAACUGAGAAGAAGAAAAAAAAUCAAUCAAUCAAAAUACACUGAUAUCAAUAAUUUCCGGACCAAAAAAAUAUGCAAAUCUAAUACAACAGAGUUUCAACAGAAUCUGUUUGUUUUUGUUUUGUUUUGUUUCACAAAUACAUACACCACAAUCACAAAUACACACACAUUUGAUAAUGAUUAUUUUGUAUUAGAUAAUUUCGAUAACGCAUUUUUCAUCACUUUAAUUUUUAAAUUUUUUUAAAAUUACUUCAAAGAAAUUAUUAGUGAC